CUUGCGACCUCAAGCGAUCCUCCCACCUCGACCUCCCAAAGCGUUGGCACCACGGGCACGCGUCACGCGCCGGCCAGCACAUCUCUAUUGAGUGCCUGCUGCAUGCCAAGCGUUGUUUCCGGUGCCACGGAGACAGCAGAGUGCAAGGUAGGCAGACCUCAGCCCCAGGGUCUGCUGCGGGGGUCGGGGUGGUGGAGGGGAGGCCCCGGCGGCUCUGGCGCGGUUGGUCCGUCCCCUCGCGUUCCCAUUGGGGGGCGUCGGGGCUGCCUGGUCCCGGGAGGCUCGGCCUGCUCGCAUUCUAGGGAGCCGAUGGGAAGCGAGGCCCUGAGCCGGGCUGAUGAUGCCACAAACCCGGGCCUAAUACCAAGGCAGGGCCGCGCUGGGAAAUGACGGACUUCUCUGCUGGGCACGCCGCCUCCUGCGUGAUGAAUCCUCCCAUCGUGGCUGCCAGCCACCUGAGCAGGGCCUGGCCCCAAACACCGGCUGAAUUCCCAAUGACGGCGAGAACAAGACUCCGGGGAGCGCGGACGGCGUCACCUCCCGGACAACGAGGCCUGGCAGCGGGGCCUGGGGCCUGGGGCAGGCACCCGGCCUCUCACCCACUCCAGCCGCCCCUUUUCUCACUGCCGGCCGGUGUCCGUCUGACCAGCCCGCAUCGGGCCAGGGCCCCUCGACUCCCUGGGGCAGGACAAGGGGCCGUCUGUGUGGCCCUGGUGGUGGCAGGGACGGUGCCUGGGCCUGUGGCUGCCAGAGCUUUGAGGGCUCGGGAGGUGGCACCGGGACCCGUGGGUGCUGCGGGGACGUCGCCUGCCCACCAUGGGGACCCUCAGCUGCGACUACGCCCCACGGCUGGGCCGGUGCUUGACGGAGAGCCAGAUUCCUAAGACCAGCCUGAGGAAGUCCUGUGGGACGGCCGCCCUGGAGAACGGCUCGGGGCCAGGCUUGUAUGCCCUGCCGUCCACCGUGGGCUUCAUCAAGCACGACUGCACCAGGGUGGCCGGCCCGGCCUACUCGCUCGUCCGGAGGCCAAGUGAGGCAGCACCUCAGGACACCAGCCCGGGACCCAUCUACUUCUUGGACCCCAAAGUCACACGCUUUGGACGCAGCUGCACCCCUGCCUACUCCAUGCAGGGCCGCGGGAAGUCUCGGGGUCUGGAGGUGACGCCAGGCCCCGGGGCCUACAGCCCAGAGAAGGCGCCCCCCAUGCGGCAUCAGACACCCCCAGCUUUCACCCUGGGCUGUCGCCUCCACCGGAAGCCGCCGGACACCUCGGCCCCUGCCCCCAACGCCUACACCAUGCCCCGUCUGUGGGGCUCGCAGAUCUUCAUCAAGCCCAGCAGCCCCAGCUACACGGCGGCGGGCCGCACACCCCCUGCCCGCCCCCCGCAGGAUCCUGCCGAGCUACCCGGCCCGGGCCAGUACGACAGCCCCGACCCCAACGCCUACCGCCGGCGUCUGCCUGCCUUCACCAUGCUGGGGCGGCCCCGGGCCCCGCGGCCACCGGAGGACACGCCCGGCCCCGGCACCCACUGCCCCGAGCAGGUCACGGUGAAUAGAGCCAGGGCGCCCGCAUACUCCAUGGGCAUCCGCCACUCGCUCCGGGCCCGCACCAUGGCCGCCACCGCGCCCACCACCAUGCCCGCCACCACGCCCGCCACCACGCCCGCACGGCCAGCGGGGCUCAGGUUGCCUGGCUGCAGCUGCUAGGCCAGACCCGUUUGGACAAGGUGAACCGGGAGUGGGUGGAGGGGCUGGGAAAGGUGUCUCCCCUCCCCUUUCCUGAGCUGUCCCAGGUCCUUCCAGGACACCCCAUCCUUCCAGUCCCUGAGGGCUGUGACCCGUGGCCCGGUGCAGGGUGCAGGGUGAGUCUCCUGCCAGUGCCCCAGUUUCUUCCGGUCAUGCCAGACGAAAGGCCAGGCCAGGCAGGAAACACACACCUUCCGGACCUCCCAGCGGCUGGCUGCAGAUGAAGCUUCCCAUGUCCCAGAACUCCACGUCCAGUCCCACCAGGGCCUGGGUCCCCGUCUCGGCUUGGAUUUGUGCCACAUUCUGGCCCUUUCUGGUUUCAUGGAAACGUGGCCACCGGCUCUGGUCUGGGCCCAAACUCAGGCAGGAGGCAGUUCCAAGGCCCGUGCCUUUCUUCCUCCACCUUCUAAGAGUUGCUUACCCAAUAAACCUCUCCAGGGACAGAGAGCUGUCAGCGUCACACGUGCUGGUUCCUGAAUGCUGCCCUCCAGAGCCAGACCCAUAAUCAGCCAGUGCCCAGGGGUCUGAGAGACCAGAAGAGAGACCCAGGGCUAGGUGAGGCCAGAGAUGGAGUGGGGAGCCAGGGAGGCUUCCUGGAAGACGGACUAUCAAAACUGGGUUUUGAAGGAUGUAUAGGAGCUUGAUGUAUUCUAAUAUCUGAUAUCUGUUGCUGCUUGCUGUGUUUUGGAUGUUAAUAAAGACCAACCAU